AUAGGACUAUAUAAAUUCAAUAAUUAUACGAUGCUCGGAUGCUGUAAAUGUCGGCGAUUUUCUUCACAACGUUAAAAAUUCCAAACUUGUUCUUUGCGUUAUUUAAGUAUACUGAAGGCUCCAAUAACGCCGUGUUGUGCAUACAACACGCACAGUUACAGUUUACAAUACACGGUUUCAUUGAGUUUGCUCGUCUGCUGUAGCACGUGUGUGUCAGCUAACAGAUAAAAUUUAAUUCAGGCCGGCUCGCGCCGGGAAAUACGGGCUCUUCAACAAAACAUUGCGAAAAUAAUGUUUUCGUUUCGCGCAAUAUCCCCUCUUGCUAAUCCGCUGGGCAACGGAGGCAAUGCCAGUGUCUACAGAGCCCAACGGACGGAUAUCAGAAAUGGCAGCGAUAUUGCGGUGAAAAUUAUUCUCUUUCACGGAUCAGAUGAGCAGCAGAAAAAUAUUGAUGAAAUUAAUCUUCUUACCGAAAAACUGGAACCGAUCCUGGCAUUGCGCCACCCGAAUCUGGUUCAUCAUAUCUUCCAUCAAAGGAUGCUGCAAAAAAACCAGUUUACAAAAUGUGGAUUGCCUACGGAGCUGCACUGCCCGCAGUAUCAAAUAUUUAUGGAAUACUGCGCAGGUGGAACCUUACACGACUACGUCAAAAUCAAUCACCUCACGGCUCCCCAGCUUCAGAACUGGACACGACAGUUAGUCAAUGGUUUGACAUACCUCCACGAGCAACAGUGCGUCCAUCGCGACAUCAAAGGUGACAACAUCUUCCUGACCAGCGCCGAACCCAACAGCUGCCUUAAAAUCGGUGACCUGGGUGACAUCAAACAGCUGGUGCAGAGUCUCACCGCCCGCAGAGAGGUCUCCCACGACAAGGGCACUUUCGCUUUUAUGUCACCGGAAAUGAUCCUCGGGGAGCAGAAUGAUGAUAGCUGUAUUGUGGGGCGGCGCACGGAUAUCUGGAGUUUGGGAUGCGUGGUCAUCCAGAUGAUCACCGGACAUGCUCCGCGCUUUUAUAAGCCGGUGGUAAAAGGGAACGGUUAUGUGGCGAUUAAGGAACAACUGGCGAUUAUGUACUUUGUCGGUAAAGGUGGAUCGCCGGCGAUUCCGUCUGACCUACCGGAACCGAUAAUGGAUUUUCUGCACAAAUGUUUCCUGCGCAAGUCCACGGAUCGACCGUAUGCCCCCGAUCUGAAGAAGCAUCCGUUCUUAACAGCGGAUGACGUUGACCACUGGACACUACCGAUAAGACCGGAUGUUAAUGAAGGGUUGCGGUGAUUUUGCAAUGACUUCAGCUUAUACUGCGCCAGACAAACUAAGUACUGUGAUAAAUGUACAAGUAUCGUUUUUGUAAGUACUGACAACUAUUCUAGCUAAGAGAGAUGUAACCUUUAAAGUGUCCGCAGUAGUCGUCUUUCAUCAGGAGCGUGUGCAUUUUGCUUCCUAUCCAGUUUCUGUCUUUCGUAAGUGCCGACUCCAUGGAAUUUUGUUACCGGGGAGUGGGUCCGAAACGCCAGCGCUCAUACACUGCAGAGGCAUGAAUGUCAAUUUGGCUCGCGAUUUUCGCUACUAUCUUAUUACUUGCAAGAACUUGCUACAAUUUUGAACACACAGAGCAAAAAUUCUUUAUGUUUAUGUUUAUUUAGUCGGCAUAAUAUCUUCGACAAAUCGUG